AUGGAUCAAUGGUUUGAAUUUAUAGAGGCUCUGAACGCUAAGACGGAGGAAAUUCGGAAUGCAAAGGUGGAGGUCGCCGAGACAACGCCUUCUCCAAUAACAGAAAAUAACCAGGUCGACUCCGAAGAAUCUGAGAAAGCUCUGCCGAGCGACGAUGAUGAUGACGAAAUUGUGGAGCUUUCCAGUGAGGAUGAGAAAGGCACGUUCAAUGGUAUAAAUCCGAUCGUCAUAAAAGGUAGUGCCAAGUCGUUUGAAACAAAAUUUAAAAAGAGACUUCAGCAAGCGGCAGAAGAAGCAAAUGAAAAACGCAAGAAACGACGACUAAGAAAAAGAUUAAUGUGGUUGCGGAAUCAGAACGUGAGGACUGAGGAACCCCAAAUGGAUGAGUAUGAGCGUCAUAUAUACACACUAGCUAAGCAAGGGGCUGUGGCAUUCUACGCAGCCAGUAGCUGA